UGUUAUGGUGAUUGCAAAGAUACAAAGUUAGUUGUUGUUACAUUAUUUAGAUAAAUGAACGUUUGUUCAUGAAGGACAAAAUGUUUUUUAGAAAGAUGUUUCUGUGUUUUUGUAUUGGAUUAUACAGCUCAGCUAUUUUAGGAGAUGUUUCCUCGACAAACACUACACCAGUUGCCUCAACAAAAACUUUUGUGUCUUCUGUCACGACCCAACAAAACAACAUGAGUUCCAUCUAUCAUGAAGUAACUCAUCCAGGUCCUCCAGAACCACCUACUUCUGAUCCUUGCACAGUUGCAAAAGAACCAACAGGAUUUGAAAAUUGCGCUAAUGAAUCGUGUGCAAUGAAAUACUUCAAAGACUUGGAAAUGUACAUUGAUUGCAAAACACCUGGAUAUGAAAAAUACACUCAUCCAAGAAAUUUAUCAGAAUUGGCUGAAUUAAUGGCUUUAAAAUUGUCGAAAUAUAUUGAAAAGAAUCUAAAACAAUCAGAAGUCAACAGAACUAUUGUCAUUGCAACAAAAAAGUUUACGUUUGGAGCAUCGGUGAUUAAUUUAUCAAAGGGUAACAAGUCAGAUAAUUUCUUGUUUCCUGACAUCUACGAUAAGUAUACAAUACACAAGCUUGGUAGAAGAGUUAGAAAUGUAAUAACAUAUCCAAAAAGGAGUAUGCCAUCCAAUAUUGUACAAGUGGCGUGGAGUAUUACAGAAACAACAAAAAUUGAAGUACCAAAAGAUGAAAUUGAACCAUAUCGAGAUAAUCCAUGGCACUUGCCAAUUUCUGAGAUGAAAAUAGAGAAAAAUCAGAUCAUAAACAUAAGAGAAAAACCUAACCUUGUAAUAAAUAGUCCCAUUAUUACAUUCAGUCUCCUUCCAAAACCUUCGAUACCAGUGAAUGAACUUUUUACGAUUUAUUUUAGACGAAGUAAGAGUGAUAGCACAAAAAAUGACCGUUGUUACUUUUGGUCUGACAGUGGCUUUUGGUCAAGUCUUGGUGCAAGUGUAAAAGAAAGCAAUGACACAAACGUUGCUUGCUCAUUUAGUCAUAUGUCUACAUUCGUUGUUUUAUCUGAACUCAACAAAGAGGUAGAUAACAAUUCAAGAAAAGCAGUUCGUAUCGUCGGCAUUGUGUCCAAUGUUUUUGCAAUUCUCGCUUUGAUUGCCACACUUUAUGUAACAAAACAACUUGAGUGUUAUGAUAAUGAUCGUGUUUGUAUUCAUACACAUCUUUGUGUGAUGCUGAUUUUUGGUUAUAUUUUGUUUAUUGUUGGUAUUUUAAAGAACAACAACAAGACUUUGAACGAUGUGAUAGUGACAGGCCUUCAUUUUUGUCAACUAUCUCCAUUGGUUUGGCUUUGUCUUGAAGCUAUUUACUUUCUUAAUGUUAUUCAUCCAAUAUUUAAUUAUAACGUCACCAACACCAGAAAAUUUUACAUAUCUCUUGGUUGGGCACUUACGUCUGCAUUUGCUGGAUCUACUGCUGGAUAUGAUUUUCCUCAUUAUGGAAAGCCACGUACGAGUGAAAUUUUGUGGAUCUUUAUCAACAAAGCAAGCUGUGGGUACUUUUUUGGACCCUUGAUGGCUUUAAUUGCAGUGAACAUUGUUGCUCGUGUUGCUUUGAUUUUCUAUGUCUUUAUUCAUCCUAAAACAAUAGAAACAGACAAAACUCUCAAUUAUUUGAAAGUGAACUUUUUUACCUCACUCCUCUUGUUGUUUGUUGUCACUUUUGCUUGGUAUUUUGGAAUUAAAGCAGUCAAUAACACGGAGCAAAAAGGAUAUCAUUAUAGUUUCAUGACUUUGUACUUUCUUCAGGCUUUGUUGGUUAUGAUUAUUUAUGGUUGGAAAAAUGAAGAGAUGUGGUAUUUGUAUAAUAAACGAAAGGAAGAACAAACGGCCAAUGAGGAAAGGAAGAUCACCUUCACUUACAUUCCUUAAUUUUACAAACGAGAACAUUUCUUCGAUGAUGUUUAUGGUCACGACUCGUUAUGCCACUUCAGUAACUUUAUUUAAUACUUAAUGACCACAUAGAAUUAAAAUGUAGGGAUCAUAAAAAAUCUGUUGGAAAAUAUUUUACCAGAUGCAUAGAAAUGUAAUUGAAAGAUUGAAGAUGUAAUUAAUCCUUUAUAUUAUGUUGCAUAGAAACUUGUAUCUCAUUGCAGCCAUAAGCUCAAUUGAUAUGUUAUUAUAAAUAUUUAUCGAUUUUACACAAAA